AUGGUCAGAUUUACCUUGGCCAGCCCAAGCCAGCUGUACUGUGACAACACUGUGACAUCCCCUUCCAGUGGAGCUCACCUGCGCUCAGAGGUCUUGAGAGCCCCUUCCCUGUGGAGUGUCUCCCAGCUCUUCCAGAAUCCUGUCUUCUGGGGGACACCAUUCCGCAUCAUCGUGCUAGGGGACGCGGCUGUGGGCAAGUCCUCACUGCUGCGCUGCUUCGCUGACAGGCCAAGUGGAGGUCCUGGUGGGGUAGCUACCCCUGGCCCAACCAUCGGUGUCGAGUUCUACAGCCGGACUAUCCUGAUGUCGCCCACUGUCAAGGCCAAGCUGCAGCUCGGAUACGGCUGGCCAGGAGCGGUUCAGUGGGGGCGCUGCAAGUCUUGGACCUCACCAAUCGGGCAUCUUUUGAGCAUGUCUCUGAGGUAUCAUGAGGCUGCAGGGGACCGGCUGCCUGUCUUUGUCCUGGUGGGACACAAGUGUGACCUGGUGGCCGAGGGAGCCGUGUCAGCAGAGGAAGCCGGACACCUCGCCACCACCCUGAGCAUGGCCUUUGUGAAGACCUCGGCCUGCAGCAACGUCAGUAUGGAGCUGGCCUUCCAGACACUGGCUGGGAGUGUCCAGCAGGUACUGGGGAUCCUUGCCCCACACCAGGAAUGUGAUGGCAUCAAGCUCAUCCCCAGCCAGAGUCGCCGCCAGCCCCCAGCAGGGAGAGAGCCCCAGAAGCACUGCCAGUGCUGA